UAUUAUUCAGGUUUUCUUUUUAAUAAAAAUAAUUUAGAAAAAAAUUUUAUUUUGAAGCCGUAUACUUGCAAUAAGUGUGGAGAAGCAUUUCAUUAUAUGUGUGAAUUGGAAUAUCAUGCAAAAACUCAUCUAACCCAAAAGGGAUACAAAUGUGAAUGUGGACGAACGUUUUUUCAAUACACCGAUCUUCUUAAUCAUCGUCACCCUGGAGAGGACCCACCAGAACCAGCAGUUCCCCCAAUACCUUCACUUGUCGAAACAUUACCUCAAUUAAUUUCAUCAGCAACUUUAAAGGCAGAAAGGGAAAUGGAAUUGCCGACACCAGAAUUUAAAGAAAAGGGGUUUGAACCUAAGUAUCAAAAUCGUGUAUGGACUGAUAUUCGUUCAAAGCCGUAUAUUUGUCAAUACUGCUCUAAGAGUUAUUCAGACAGUCGGCAAUUAGCCUACCAUAUGUAUAGCCAUCGUGGAGAGAGAGCAUUUAAUCCAAGGGCCAGUCGUUAUUUGAUGUGCAGAAACGAGAAUUCCUACAUAUCUUCUGGAAUUGAUCUUAAAGAUGCUUAA